CGAGCACACCAGCACCCGCCCGCCAGCACCAGAGCCCGCAAUGUUUCGCGUCCCAUCGCCGACAUCACCACCCUCCACGCCCGGUCGCUACUACUACGCCCACGCCCAGCAGCCCCCCUCGUCGACCCCCGCAGGCCCUCCGCCCGACCGCGCCAGGCUCCCUUCGUCAACGCCCGCUGGUCCGCCGCCAGGCAUGAGCAACGGCCUGUUUGGCUCGGUGCGGCCCGCCUUCGACCCCAAACCCGAAAGCUUUGGCGCCACCUCGCUGUUUGGAAGCUCGCCGCCCAAGCAUGACCUGCUCGAGGGCGUCGGCUCUGGCUCCAUAGGCACCUCCGCUUUUGGCCGACCCCAGGCCCAGCGAGGGCGUGCGACCAGCUCAGGCCAGUUUCGCGCCAUCAAUUCAACGCGCAAUCAAGCGCCCGGCCGGGACGCUGAAGGCGACACCGACGACGAUGACUACACCGACGACGAGGACCAGUACGAGGACGACAUAGACGACGAGGACGAGGGCGACGAGGACGAGGAAGAACCCUUCUCCCCACAGCGCCGCAACAAGACACAGAGCAGGUUCACGCAGUCGGUAGCCUCGAGGACAAGCGCAACCGACAUGGAGUCGGGCCCUGCCUUGGUGCGCUCUGGCGCAAAGCAGACGCAAUUCGACCUUCUGGCCCUUGCCAAGGGCCUCACAUCAGACACCGGCUCAUCGAGUCUUCGCGAACCCGAUCAUGUCAUCCUGGACACGGAGCGCUUGGUCGAGAAGGUGUACGAAUCGCUGCAAUCAGACUCGCCAGAAAAGAGGGCCGAAGUAAUCGGUACAGUCGCCCACGAGCUGAUUGCAGCAUGGCGCGCCGCGUCCAAGUCGGGCCCGCGCGCUAGUGUAUCCUCAAACCGAGCCGAAGGCGCACUCGAGCUAUCGCAGAGCACUCAACUGGCAGCGCUUCUGCUAACGCUGCACCACCCUCCCCAAGUCGUUCUGAACCAGCGAGCCUCCGCCCUGGCACUGGUAUCAACGCGACCCGAGUCGAAACAGUACACCCCAGUUCCCAAGGCUUUACUCGACUGGCUGAAUGCCACAUUCGACGGCGGCUCCGAGGUGACAGAGGUAUUGAAGCAAAAAGGCGGAUACUCUAGGCAUCCUUCUUUCUGGGAGGUCGUGCAUGUUACCAUUGCCAGAGGCAACUUUUCACAGACUCUACAGCUGCUACAGGGCGCCCAGCUUGAAAAUGCAGAGACAGCCGAGCAUGACGGACUGGGACGUGCGGGAUACAGUGGAACCCAUCUCCAGUACGCAAACCACGCGCUCCGUCAAGCACUUGACCUGCUGCGUGAGUGCCCGGCUAUUGCCUCGGAAGACUGGGACAUCAAAGGACAUGACUGGACAAUCUUCCGCCAGCGUGUCCAACAAACAUGUGCUAACCUGGAAGAGUUUGCCGAAGGCGAGAGUGUGAGCCGUCACUCGAUAUCCCAACCUUUCCAGGCGGCACACUUUGGCAUUUCACAAACUCAGGCAAGCUUCCAACUCAGUGUCGCAAGCCGCAAGGCAGAGAGCAAAGUACCGUGGUCGGUCUACGAGAACCUGCAACGGAUGUACCAGCUUCUGUUAGGCAACGAAGAGGAGAUUCUUACCUUGUCAGCGGAUUGGAUCGAAGCGACAAUAGGCCUGACUGUCUGGUGGAAUGGAGAAGACGAGGACCUUGCACAGGGCAGUCUGGCAGCCAGCCGGCGUUCCUUGAUGCGGUCGCAACGGGUCCGUCCCGUCGACGUGACACCAGUCAAAGCAUACACUCAACGGCUUUCUGCUGCGCUCGCGGCGGUAAUACAAAACAGCGACGAGGAUUUCAGCAUCAAUGCCGUGGACCGCUUCGAGGUGGGUCUAGCGUGCGUACUGGACGAUAACGCUGAAGGCGCACUUCAAAUUCUCCAGGGCUGGUCGCUCAUGAUCGCCUCUGCAGUUGCCGAGAUUGCCAGUGCUGGGGAAUGGUUCAAGGGUGCAAAGGGGCUGUUGGAUCAAUUUGACCAAGACGACCUCAUGGUCUUGAGCUAUAGCGAACAGCAGCAGCCCAAGGGUGUGACCAAGGACGAUUUGCUUGUUGCUUAUUCGGACCUGUUGGCAUCCAGGGCACAAAUCACCGGCAAAGAAGAUCAGGAGUCGAAAGAGGGUUGGGAAAUGGCUGUACAGGUCCUGGGAAGGCUUGAUGAUACUAUCGGCGCAAACGAGCGCAUCGAGCGGAUACUCAAUGACCUGCCUCUGGAGUCGUCAGCUCGCGUCGACAAGAUCACCCAGCUGUGUCAUAACUUGGGUCUUUCACAACAUGCAGUCACUAUUGCUCAGAAAUACGCCGAUCAUCUCCGCACAAACACUGAGAGCUACGGCGACACUCUGCUUUACUACGCUCGCGCUCACGAUGCGGCAAGGAUCCAGGAAGUGCUUCGCGUACUCGUUGCCCAUUGCCUCGUGAAAUCAAUGGCCUACCCUCCCUUGGACGAACUGGACGAAUCUCUCAGCUUGCUAAUCACCUCGCCCAAGCAAGCCCUGACCAAGCUUGCCAACACAGACUCUGAGGCUGCGUCGCUACUCUCCAACCAUCUCAGUGGUUACGCGACGAUACGCAAGUACUAUGACCUUCGAGAUGAAGAGGUACACCUGAAGAGCGGACAAAAGGCAGCCCAUCGACCCAUGGCCCGGAAACGGGCUGCUGCCAAUGCACUCACGGUCAUCAUCGCGAGUGCAGCCUCUAGCAUCCGGGGCGGACUGUAUGAUCCCGAAACAGAAACCGUGGUUCCCGUUGAUGUCUUGCUACCGCUCCUAGGCGAGGCACUCAUCUUUGUAAACCAGCCAAAACGCACUCUCACCCUUCGCCAUCUCUACGAUCUCCUCGCCGCUAUCGAGGACCUAGACACGGCCCCGAGCAUGAUCCGCGCGCAAUGCGAGGAAGUGCUCAACACGACUUUACUCUCUGCGCACGAGCCCAACUCGUCACAGCAAAUACCCAACCUACACAAUCUACUUAGCAAAUCCACGUCAAACCUCACCACGGCCUCGAGCCAGUACUCGAUGAUUGGCUCGGCAGACUUUGGCUCGGCAGACGGCCACAACGUCGACGACUCGACCAUCUUGGUCAAGGGAGGCCAUGUAGACGACAGCAAGCGCGGCUGGGACUGGCGAAAAGGCUUCCCCAAGGGCGCAAAGACCGACGAUAUCAUUGCCGUGCUGAGAAUCGGUGUAGCACGCGAGAUUGGAAGAGCAUUUGCCGAGGGCGAGGUUGUUGCAUGA